UGUGUGUUUGUGUCUGUUGGUUCUCAUCAGUGUGUCCUUGACUCUGUAGUCAAGCAGCAGGUUAGCUAGAGAGCUACCACUGGAUUUAACUGCUACAGGAAGCCAUAUCAUUUUUAUUCCCCAAAACCACCCUCAUCGCAGAGUAAACGCUCCUCGAGAUGGCUUUCUUGAUCAAGAGCAUGAUUGGGAACCCCCUGUCAGGAAUUGGUCUCGGUGGCGGAGGUGACAAAGAAGAGGAGUCAACCCCCUCAGAUCCAGCCAAAGCUGCAGGGAUGACGCGCGAAGAGUAUGAAGAGUACCAAAAACAGUUGGUGGAGGAAAAGAUGGAAAGAGAUGCAGAUUUCUUGCACAAGAAGGCUGAAAGGGCAACUCUCAGGGUGUGUCUGAGGGACAAAUACAGGCUGCCAAAGAGCGAGCAGGACGAGAACAUGAUUGAGAUGGCCGGGGACGACGUGGACGUUCCAGAGGAGCUUCUGAAGAUGGUGGACGAAGAUGCCACAGAGGAGGAGGGCAAGGACUCCCUCAUGGGCCAGAUUCAAAACUUGCAGAAUAUGGACAUGGAUCAGCUGAAAGAGAAGGCCUCGGCCACCGUCACCGAGCUGAAAAGCAAAGCAGAAGAGAAGUGCUCCGUCAUGUGAACAAUAGCUGAGGGGUGUAGCUUGUGGGGAAGAGGGGAAACAAAAUGACCAUGAAAAUAUUUGUUUAUAUGUCAUAAUUUCACCUGUUUCUGGACAUAUGUACAGAUAAACUGUAUAAAAAAGUCUGUAAAGAGCUUACUCAUUGACACAUUUUCCUUAUAUGGUAUAAACAUUUGUCAAAUCAUUACGUAUUGAAAAUAACUUUAAAAAUAUAGUUAUUUACAUUCUAAAUGUCAAUGCUUAACCCCAUCUUUGUGUGAGAAAACACUCGUUUCUUUUUUCACAUGAUGAGUGAUUUUAUUAUUAAAGUUUGAAUUUGAAUCAAAUUAUUAAAAAAUAAAAUACAGAGACAUUCUGAUAAAAACUCAAUCCUAUCUAAGUAUUUUUAUUUACCUUUUAUUUUAUCUGUUCAUCUAGAUGUUUGUUUCUUUUUUUUCUAAUCUGUAUGUGGUGUUUGGAUCAUGAUAUUUAGUUUCUCUGAUGUGAUGUUGACAAAAGCUGGUGAUCAUUUCAAGUUUUGACAUCUUCACUGCAUCUUUAGUACCUGUAAUAUUUGCUAAGGUGUUUGCAAUUUUGCACAAACUCUAUAGAAAGCAGAACGAUGACUAAAAUGUACAUAACCAUUUGUGAAGUGCUUGAAGGAAUACAAUGCUGACAAAAUGACUCUAAUAUUUAAAUAAAGUUGUAUAUUGACUAAAAAAAA